AUGCGUUUCACACGUUCCCCUAUUAAGGACAAGAUUUGCAAAAAGCCAUACAACCCAAUCAUCGGAGAAUCUUUUCACUGCUGUUGGCCUUUGGAUUCCCACAUCGCCGCUGAGGAAGCGCGAGCAGAUGCCGGCAACGGUUCUUUAAACGGCAUCCCGAAUAACACAUCUGGCAGUAUGGGGUCGGCUGCCACACCGGAUAAGUCCACUCUGCUCACAUAUUGUGCUGAACAAGUCUCACAUCAUCCACCAGUGACUGCGUUCUAUUUUGAUUGUCCUGCAUACCAAAUGACCUUGAAUGCUUCGUUGCAUGCAAAAUCAAAAUUCCAAGGCAUGAGUGUUAGCGUGACUAUGUUAGGCAAAAGUAAGUGCAACGGGUACCUCAUAUCGAACUGCCCAAUACGGUAA